GAUAUUGAUGGAAGGCAAUUAGAUAGCAGUGAGAUAGAAAAGAAUGAUAGAAUAGCAGUUUCUUCGUCGAGAUCUGAUCCUGUUGCCAAACUUGUCAACAAGAAGAGGAGUUAUGCUCAGUACCAUUUGGAAUUGGGACAGUCCAAUUUCCUCCUCCACACUUGCUCUGUUUGUGGUCUAAGGUAUGCUCGUGGUGAUGAGGGGGAUGAGAAGGUUGACAAGACCUUCCAUAAGAGCUACCAUGAGGGGAUCCAAUUCAAGGGUUGGUGCAGUGAGAGAGUGGUCUCUAAACCUAGCAGCAAUGGGGACCGCAUCUUGUUGGUGUUGGAUUGUGAUCCUCCAGCCCAAAAGGGCAAGGUUCAAGAGAUAAUUAAGAGGAUGGAAAAAGAGCUUGGGUUCAGUAAUGACCAGCAUCUUCAUAACCUAUGCAAGGUAAUAUGGCCUACAAAGAAAACAAAGGGAUGCCAAGUAGCACUUGUAAUUUUAGUUAAUUUUUGUCUUCAUGAUGAUUUCCUUCUCUCUGGUGUAGACCAAUUUGGAGGUUUUAAUUUUACGAGGGAAGUCAUUAAAAGUCGUUCAACCAAUAGCACCAAGGUGGAUCAGUGGGAUGGUGGAGCUAUCCUCUGUGAGGAGGAAGCUAUCCUAGCUCUUUGUGGCUUUAGGGCUGUUUGGGUUGUACCAUCCCACGGAAGAAAGGGAAUUGCCUCACAACUAUUAGAUGUUGCAAGGAAGAGUUUCUGCAACAACAAAAUGUUAGACCACUCUCAGUGUGCAUUCUCUCCGCCAACCUCUGCUGGCGAGGCAUUGGCAUCAAGGUUUAGCAGCAGCAACUCAUGCUUGGUUUACAUGGCAGAGGACGUUUAGGAAAAUCGUCCUAUAUGGGUCUUGGUAUCAGUAUAUCAUUUUUAGAGGAUCAAUUACUUUUAAAAAAAAAUUCAUAAGGGGGGAACAAUCAACUCAUUUAAUUAGAUAUAAAUCAGGCACCAGCUGAUUGAUUAAUGUGGAAUGUGGUGGUGUAGAAUUUUAUUGUUUGUGACUUUUUUCUUUUUUUUUUUCAAAAUAGAAAUCCUACUCUGGCUAAAGUUUAUCUCAGUCUUUGGAACAUCUGCAGUUAACAUAAAAUCUUUGCUUUACAUAUCACAGACUUUGCUUUUCCUGCUUUUCUGUUUUGUUUCUAUAUCCUGUACCUCAGCUCUGUACUUUUGUAAAUAGCUUUUUCCUCCAAUAAAAUCUUGGGUGGUGUUUGACCUCCCUUUAUCUUCAAAAAAAAAAAAAAAGAGAGUCAUGUUAAGCAAAGAAAAGAGAGUCAUGUUAAGCAAAGAAACUACAACAAAGUCUGCAUUUUAGUUAGACCGGUUCCAACUCAGGUUUAAGUUUAUCUCAGUCUUUUGAACAUCUGCAGGUAACAUAUCAUGUUGAGCAAAGAAACUACAACGAAGUCCGUAUUUUAGUCGGACCGGUCCUUGUCUUUUCAGGCAAAGGUGUUACAUACGUUGGGUUUUUAAAUGUUUUCAUUAAUGGGAAUUAAUGCUUGUUGGUUUUAAUAAAAAAAAAUAUUUGCUGGGCUAUGAAAAUUAACUACCGCCCAUAGAAUUGGUUGUUCAGGCAAAUCAAAUAUCACAAAAGAUAGAAAACUUAAU